AUGUCUGAGUACGCGACGGUCCAGAAAGGAGCUUUAAAACUCAAAGGAGUGGGCAUUGUUUCGGCUGGGAAAAAGAAGAAGAAGAAGAAGAAGGACAAAGAAAGCAAGCAGCAGCUGGAACAGGUCUUGACCAGUCAAAAUUAUGAGGAUGUGAAGGCUAAAAAAACAUUUAUGGACAAAAGGACCCCAGCCGAAAUUGCAUUUGACAAAACGCAAGAGAAGCGACAAAUGGAGAGGAUUCUGAACAAAGCAUCAAAAACACAAAAACACAGAGUUGAGGAGUUCAAUCGACACCUGGACACACAUACUGAACAUUAUGGCAUUCCCAAAGUCGCCUGGCCGAAAUAA